UUUCAGAUAACUUCAAUGUCGUUUACGAUAUGUAGGUUAUUAUUAUCGAGAGAACAGAGUAAAUUGCCAUAAAAUAAAUAUCUUAUCACUCUCAACGUUGUUAUUUACCAACAAUCAUGACUGAGAAGGAGGAGGAAUUCUCUGAGUACUAUUCAGAGGUAAAAGCAAUUGAAAAAAGAGACUCAGUACUGACGUCCAAACAACAAAUUGAUCGUUUAUUACGGCCUGGUUCUACAUACUUUAAUCUGAACCCCUUCGAAGUAUUGCAAGUUGACCCAGACACACCAGUUGAACAAAUUAAGAAAACAUAUCGAAAAUACUCUAUAUUGGUGCAUCCUGAUAAGAAUCAGGAUGAUGCAGACCGAGCACAGCAAGCUUUUGAAAUUCUGAAUAAAGCAUGGAAAACAUUGGAGAGUGAUGAAACUAGAAAAAAGUGUCUUGAUGUUAUUGAGGAAGCCAAAGGCCGAACAGACAUAAUGCUUGCAGAGAAACGCAAAAAAGCCAAAAAAGAAGGCAAAGAUGGCGCCGUGCCAGAAGACGACCCAGAAAAAUAUAAACAUGCCGUUUAUGUUCUUACAAUGAAACUUUUUGCAGAUAUGGAGAGGAAAAGGCGCGAUCUAGCUGACCGAGCACAAGAGGAAAGAAAACGCAAACGCGAAUCGGAAAUCGAAGAAGAGGAGCAACAGAAAGCUCAGAAAGAGUGGCAGAAGAAUUUUGAGGAAUCUCGACAAAAUCGUGUCGAUAGCUGGCAGACGUUUCAAGCUGGUGGAUCAGCGAAAAAGAAAGAUAAAAAGGAGAAGACGAAUAAAAAGAUAAAAAUGUUUAAACCGCCCAAGAACAAACCUGAGACGCGAUAAACGGCAAUUAAAUAAUCUAAGUGCUAAUUUAAUGUUUUCUGCGUGUUAAACGUGUUAAACUAAACGAACGCGAGCGCGUGACUUGAUGGUAUUAAUAAUCCCAUAGCAAACUAGCUCCAUCCACCGAUGUUAGCCCAGCCCUGAAGCCACAGAAUAGCAUAUUUAUUUAUAUUAAUUUUCUUCAUUCUGCGUGUGAAACGUUCAGCAUCAUAAUCACAAAUGAUCAUAAUGACGCUUGGAAGUUGUCGAGAAUACAUAAACAAAAAAAUUAAUGUUGAACAGUGUUGAUAAUGAUGGUGACAAACAAAUUUAAAAAUAUAUGUUUUUUAUUAAUCA